GGUGUGACUACUGAUUGGCCGCAUCAUCGGCAAGUGGCGCUAAAACCGUUGCUCAGAAUUGUUCGAUCGACGCCACGAUUAUUAAACCAAACCAGCAAGAUCUUUUACAAAAAGAUGUUUUUUGAGAAGAAAAAGCGACAAAUAAGAGGAAUUAGGCGUGAAGAGUAUUCUGCACAGUGAAGAGAAAAACGUUCGAAAGGUUUUAUACAUCCUUUCUCUCUCUCUCUCUUUCUCUCCCCCUCUGUCCCUCCCUCCCAACGUCGAUCGUUUUUACAGGAAGCAAAGAAAGAAAGGGGGAAGGCAAGGCAAGGGUAGGGAAGCAAGGCAAGGCACCGGUCGUCGCAGUGCGGCGGAUAUAUCACGCGAGUCGUGACAAAUCGGAGAAUCGUUUCUCGAGUAAUACUACUAACAGAAAUGGCAGAGGAAGAGGGUGCGUCCUAACUGUGAUUUUUUGUGUGCGGCUGAUUCUGCAUGCGAUGCCCCGAUUAAUAAACGACCAAGACUAUACUAACAUCGAGUACACUAGUACAUACAAGGGUAUUGUCAUAUUUGUCGAUAACACGAGAAAACAUUAAUGCGUUUGUGCAUUUUCACCUUUGAACUAUUUUAUUAUUGGAAAAAUCUAACAAACGUUUUCGACGCGAACAAAGUUCGUGCGAGAAACGUAAUCAUAGUAUAAAUGUUGUAUGAAUAAUCGCGUAAGCGGAAAAAUGCCCGCAUCUCGUGGAGGCAUGGUGCAUGGUGUUAUGCCACCGCACUACCUCCACGAGUUGCCGGCACAAGACGAGGAACGGCUCGAAAACAUAUUCAAAAAGCUCGAUCUCGAUGGAAACGGCAGAAUCGACGUGCACGACCUUUCAAAAGCGCUUCACGAGGUCGGUGUCCACCAGCGGUACGCUGAGAAAUUCCUUGCCAGAUCGGAUAGCACAAAAAGCGGUGACAUCAGUUUGGCAGAAUUUAUACAUUAUGUUCGUGAGCACGAAAAAAAUCUUCGUCUUCAAUUUUCUGAUCUCGACAAAAAUAGAGACGGCAAGAUCGAUCUUGAAGAGUUGAUAAGAGCAUUUAAGGACUUAGGCAUAGAAAUGGAACGUGGCGAGGCAACCAAGUUGCUACAACGAAUGGACAAAGAUGGAAGCCUCAAUAUAAGUUUCAACGAGUGGCGAGAUUUCCUCUUGUAUGCACCAAGCACCAAUAUCCAUGAACUUAUACAAUAUUGGCGACAUUCUACCUACAUGGAUAUCGGAGAGGAUAUGGGAGUUCCAGACGAUUUUACGAACAGUGAAAUGGUCUCAGGAAUGUGGUGGCGACAUUUAUUAGCUGGCGGUAUCGCUGGUGGAGUUUCACGAACAUGCACAGCACCUUUGGAUAGGAUUAAAGUUUACCUCCAAGUCCAUGGAACACGGCAUUGUAACAUUACCAGUUGCUUCAGGUACAUGUUACGCGAAGGUGGCAUUAUAAGCUUGUGGAGAGGAAACGGUAUAAACGUACUUAAAAUAGGACCAGAGACUGCCCUAAAGUUCAUGGCCUACGAACAAGUAAAGAGAGCUAUCAAAGGCAAUGACACUAGAGAACUUGGACUCUAUGAGAGAUUCGUGGCUGGAUCUAUGGCCGGUGGUAUUAGUCAGUCUGCUAUAUAUCCUCUCGAGGUACUCAAAACGAGACUGGCCCUUCGUAAAACGGGUGAGUUCUCGAGUAUAAUCGAUGCAGCGAAUAAGAUAUACAAGCAAGGUGGUUGGAAAUCUUUUUAUAGAGGUUACAUUCCCAAUUUAAUUGGAAUUCUUCCUUACGCUGGAAUUGAUUUAGCUGUAUACGAAACACUGAAAAAUAGUUAUUUACGAACGCAUAAGAAAAACGAGCAACCAGCUUUUUGGGUGCUUUUGUUGUGUGGUACAGCUUCCAGCACUGCAGGUCAAGUAUGCUCGUAUCCAUUAGCUCUAGUCAGAACUAAAUUGCAAGCCGAAAUAUCAACGGGAACUGAUUCAAAUACCAUGAUCGGAGUUUUCAAAGAUAUUCUUAAGAGAGAAGGUAUUCGCGGUUUGUAUCGAGGAAUAACUCCGAAUUUUCUUAAGGUUGCUCCGGCUGUAUCGAUUAGUUAUGUAGUAUACGAGCAUUUCAGACAGGCACUUGGUGUUAACAUGACGUGAUAAAUAUACACAUUAGGAGAUAUUAAUUUAAUUAAAUUAUUCCCUAAUUAUAAUCGUGUAAGAGAUAUUUCGGUAAAAGUUCGAAUGACCAUCGGAUUUGCACCUUGUGUAAUUUACCGUUACCAGUCUCUCUAUCUAUUUAUCUAUCUAUUUCUCUCUCUCUCUCUCUCUCUCUCGCUCAUUUUCACUUACAUUGCUUAUUUAUUAAAAACUCGAAGCUUCUCCGUCAUGCAGGUUAUAUUCAACAAUUAUUGAAAACAAGGAAAAGGAAAAUGAAACGUUAGUCAAACGUACAAUUAUCGAAUAAGGAUAUAAAAAGCUGACGGAAAUGAUAGAAAAAACAAAAACAAAAGAAAGAAAAAAAACAGAAAAAAUAUAGUUGACAAUACAAGUGAAAUUGCUGUAGGGAGUGGUGCAUUUGUAAGACGUUAUUUAUCUUAAAACAAAGAAGCAAGUCAAAUACUUUGUUUUAUCUUAUAGUAAAUUUGCUUUUUUCAUGAAAAACCUUAAAAAAAAAAAAGAAAUAUCUAUAUUCAUAUAGUUCGCCGACUUUCAUUGAAAAAGAAAAAAAAAAGAAGAAACCAACAGUACAAAUUAUUCUGUUUGUGUUAAAAAGUAUUAGUAUGAUGUAUAAUAAUUAAUUGACUUUUUAUGUUUUGGACAAAUUUAUUAUAUUUCAUUAUUUUAAACAUCUACAAAUGUUGACAGUCAGUAUUGAUACUAUAAAAAGUCAGUUCCUUUUAUGUACAUGUUUAUUUCUAUUGGUUUUCUUUCAUUUCCUUUCAUUUCCUUUAUUGUGCUAUUAAUAAUCUCCCUUGAAAUAAAAUAUUAUCAAAACUUUUUUUUUUUUUAAAGUACAUUUAAACGUUACACGAGAGAUGAUUCUGUGGUUAAUAAAAGAAUCCAAUUAUGUUAAUAAUAUUAAUUAUAUGCUGUGAUAAAUAUGAUUAUAAGCUGUGUUUAUGAUUCAACGUAUAACAAGAUUAUGAAUUAGAGAAAAAUCUCAAAUAUGUGAACGUUGUUGAGUUAAGUAGAAAUUAUUCAUGAUGUAUUAUUAUGUCUUACAUUGAAUCAUAUAGAACAAAAAAUAUGUCUCAGUUUGUACUAGUGUAUUGAUUUAUUCGUCGAGCUUAGUGCUCCUCUUUAUUUAUAAUUUCAAAUGCAACACACACAUUUGUUCCAACAUUUCAUUCCCUAAUUAAUAAUUUUUCAAAAACAAGCUGUGUAUAUUAUAUGUAUUAUAAGCGUGUACAAUUAAAUAUUAUAUGAAAGUGCAGAAAAUGUUCUUCUACAUUAGAGGGGCGUCUGAAAAAAAAAGGAUAUUUUAAAGACAGCUCAACAAAUUUGUUCUUCCUAUACUUGAUAUUCAUAUCUUCAGUUACUUCAGUCGUCGCCUUAGUUUCCUUGUUUUCCGCCUGUUUAUUUUAUCCUUCGGUAAUUACUCAUGGAAAACGAGAAUUAGGGAGGAGAGUUUUAAUAAGACUGACUGAAAGGAAGUUAGAGCUCGUCGGUUUACUGUUGGUGAGAGCAUCUAUAUAUGUUUUUAUAUUUCUGCUUGUUUGUUCAUUUGAACGUGGAAAAUAAUUGAAAAACAAUGAUUAAAAUCUCGAGGCAUGACACAGCGAGUUUUGCGUAAAUACCUAAAUAAAAAAAAUCAAUGUUAGUCUUAUGUACGAAAAAUAAUGUAAACAGAAAAAAAAUGUGCUUCAAUUUAUUAGGCUGCUUUAGUUUGAAUACAGGCUGUAGCAUUUACACAGUGCAAACACUUUAUACGUGUGAAUAUUGUUAUCUUUAAAUAAUAAUGUAAUUAUUGCAUA